AUGGAUUUAAAUGACAACGAGAAAUACGAGGAGUGCAAGUAUAGCAUUAGUUGUUGCAAGUGUGGCAUAAGCAUUCUGCCCAACUGUCUUAACAUGUGCACACGCUGCAGAAGCGCUGAGAUUGAUAUAACCGAGGGCAUAAAACUGUCUUACGCCGUGGAGAGCUGCAAAAAGUGUAAUCGAUAUUUGUUACCACCAAAGAAAUGGAUCGUUUUGGAAAACGAAACUGAUUUGCUUUCUUUUCUUUUGCUCAGACAUAAAGAAAUCAGAAAUUUGAAUAUUGUUGACUCAGGAUUUAAGAAAACUGAAGAGCAUUCCAGAAGGAUCAUUCUUGAGUUGGAGAUAGCAAAGGAUGAAUUGCGAUGUAAUAUUGACGUGGUAUUUAAGAUUAGAAACAAGCAGUGCCCUGAUUGUGAUAAGAUGGAGGCUAAACAGUACUGGACAAGCAUAGUACAGAUCAGACAGCGAUCCAAAAGCAAGCGAACAUUUUUGUACCUUGAACAGUCCAUUCUGAAGCACAAGAUGUACAAGAAGUGCACAAAUAUUAAGGAGCGAAAGGAUGGUAUUGACUUCUACUACUUGGAUAGGCACAGCGCGUGCGAAAUGGUUAACUUUCUGGAGGGUGCCAUAGGAACGAAGUUGUUGGUUUCUAACCGAUUGAUGACAGAAGACAGAAAUAACAACAAAAUGAAAUACAAGUUUAGCUACUCAGUUGAAAUAUUCCCUCUGUGCAAGGACGAUCUUGUUGUUCUGAGCGAAGAGUUCGCGAAGAAACGCAAUAUCAGCAGACUGAUGCUGGUUCUCAAGGUGUCUAGAAGGAUCACACUCGUCGAUCCCGUCAGUUCAAAGACAAUCGACAUCACAAAUAAGUGUUUUUGGUCCAACAGGGAAUGCUUCAACGUUGUGAUGACAUCCAAGGAUUUGACCCUGUUCAGAGUGACAGAAGUCGAGCGGGAUUAUCGGCAAGCCUUUGGUACCGUAGAAACGGAUAAAUGGGGUUUUAAAUCGGUUGAUUGCUUCGUAACAAGGGAGUACAACAAUGACGUGCACUGUAAAUCGCAUUUGGGCAGCAUUCUAAAUGAAGACGAUGAAAUUUACGGCUACGAUUUGGGGAACUGUAAUCUUCAUUUUAUUGACCGGGACCUGUUCAAGGCGAUUUUGGUUCGAAAAAAUUAUAAAAAUUUAAAUUUGUCGGUUAAUACGGAGAGAGAACGCGAUAGAGAGUAUGAAUUUUUCCUAGAAGAUGUGUUCGAGGAUGAUGAUUUGAAGAAAAAUGUUGAUUUGUACGACAGAACGGCCAAAGUUGUUGCUAACUUAGACACCAUGAAACUAUGAUUAAAUCAUAUUAUUAUUUAGGUUGAAUAUCAUGGAGAUUUGCAGUCGAGGGGUGGGACAUAUUUGUUGUUACUUAGUUAAAAUGAAAAGUUACGGUUGAUUUGAGCGCAUAAAACUCAUGAUUUGGGGUAUAGCGCUCGUCACUGGUACAUUGGAAUUUUUAUAAAUUUCUGGUAUCUUCUGGGGUAAGCAUUGCUCGA